AUGGAAGGAAUUUCAAAUCGUGCAAGUUUCUGUUUAUCAGCAACAGUAGGCAGACCACACGUAAUAGCUCAUAGAGGAUCUAAUGCAUUAUAUCCGGAGAACACCAUUUUAUCUUUUACACAAGCGAUUGCUGAUGAUCGUACAACAACAGGUAAAGGUUUAGUGGCGACGUGUAACUAUUAUGGUGAUUUAGAAUAUUUAACAACAAAAGAACCACCAAAUUGUAAAAUUGCUAGGUUACAAGAUUUUCUAGAUUUAUUAAUAAAACCAGAGAAUUCUAAAGUUUGGGCAGUAAUAGAUAUAAAGAUUGACAAUCCACCAAGCAUCAUGUUACUUUUAUCCACAAUUUUAAAAAGUUAUAAUGACGAUUUAAAUUAUUUUAAAAAAAGAUUGUUAUUGGGAAUUUGGCAUCCAAAAUUUAUAACAUUAGCAAAAACUCAAUUACCUCAAUUACCAAUAAUUCAUAUAGGAUUUUCUUUAUCUAUAGCUAAAAAUUAUUUUUCAGACGCUGACGGAUAUAGUUUAAUGUUUGCAUCGUUGUACGACGAAGAAGCCAAACAGUUCAUUGAAUACGCUCAUAAACUUGGCAAACCAUUAUUAUUAUAA